CGGCUCCCCGCGCCGCAGCUAGGCACCAGCGCCACCACGGACCGCCCCCGCGCCCGCCCGACGGCGCCCCACUGCGCUUUAAGAGCCGCCCUGGCAGCCCAGCCCCAGCCGCCCAGACCGGAGAGACCAGCCUGCGGGAGCAACCCCAUGGCGGAGCAGCUGGCCCUGGUGAUUGGGGGCACCAUCGGGGGGCUGCUGCUGCUGCUGUUGAUCGGGGCAAGCUGCUGUCUGUGGAGAAGGUUCUGUGCCACCCUCACCUAUGAGGAGCUGCCUGGGACACCAGCCAUGGCCAGCGCAGCCGCCUCCAGUGGGCAGCAGGACAGGCCCUGCCAGCCGCAUGCUAGGACCCAACUGAGCAGGCCACCAGAUGUACCAUUCGUGGUGCCCCCUUCCCUUCAAGGCCGAGAUUGGGUGCCCCUGCACAGUGGAGAGUGGACCCAUGCCCCAUGGGACUCCUGCCCGGCAUCAGAGCUUCUGCCUCACACCCCUAGUGGCGGCCUUGGAGAUGCAUGUAUGGUAGGGGCUAUCAACCCAGAGCUGUACAAGUUCCCAGAGGACAAAAGUGAGACGGACUUUCCUGCCGGCUGCCUGGGGCGGCUGUGGUUCUCGGUGGAAUACGAGCAGGAGGCUGAGCGGCUGCUGGUAGGCUUGAUCAAGGCACGGCACCUGCAAGCCCCCUCGGAGACCUGCAGCCCCCUGGUGAAGCUCUACCUGCUGCCCGAUGAACGGCGCUUCCUCCAGUCCAAGACCAAACGCAAAACCUCCAACCCGCAGUUUGACGAGCACUUCAUCUUCCAGGUACAGCCUCUGGAGAAGGCAGGGUCUGGUGCCCUCCGAGAUGCAUGUAUGGUAGGGGCUAUCAACCCAGAGCUGUACAAGUUCCCAGAGGACAAAAGUGAGACGGACUUUCCUGCCGGCUGCCUGGGGCGGCUGUGGUUCUCGGUGGAAUACGAGCAGGAGGCUGAGCGGCUGCUGGUAGGCUUGAUCAAGGCACGGCACCUGCAAGCCCCCUCGGAGACCUGCAGCCCCCUGGUGAAGCUCUACCUGCUGCCCGAUGAACGGCGCUUCCUCCAGUCCAAGACCAAACGCAAAACCUCCAACCCGCAGUUUGACGAGCACUUCAUCUUCCAGCCCCCCUCGGAGUUUGGCGACCUCCAGUUCUGCCUCAGCUACAACGACUACCUGAGCCGCCUGACGGUGGUUGUGCUGCGUGCCAAGGGCCUCCGGCUCCAGGAGGACAGAGGCAUUGUCAGUGUGUUUGUCAAAGUGUCUCUGAUGAACCACAACAAGUUUGUCAAGUGCAAGAAGACUUCAGCUGUGCUGGGCUCCAUCAAUCCUGUGUACAAUGAGACCUUCAGCUUCAAGGCCGAUGCCACCGAGCUGGAUACCGCUAGCCUCAGCCUGACCGUGGUGCAGAACACGGAAGGGGACAAGAGCCAGCAGCUGGGCCGAGUGGUGGUGGGCCCCUACAUGUACACCCGUGGCAGAGAGCUGGAGCACUGGGACGAGAUGCUCAGCAAGCCCAAGGAGCUGGUGAAGCGCUGGCACACGCUCUGCCGCAUCACGGAGCCCUGACCCUUCGCCCAGCACCGCGGUUCCGCUUUGGGAGCCGACCGUCCUCGCAGUUGCACGUGACGGUCACAGCCACAAGCAUGGACGUUUCAUCCAACAGCUCCCUGAGCUGCCAGGCCAGCCCGAGCCAGGAGAACGUGAGUGCUGAUGUGCAGGAGAGAAGAGGGGACAAAGAAGCCCCAGCCCAGUCAGCAGCUCUGGCCAUACAGCCUUCCAACACACUCCCUCCUCCUUACCCACAGGGCUGCCUGGGUUCAGAAUCCCGGCUCCUGGUCCUCACAGCCCUAAUUUGGACCAGAAUCUCAGGUGCUCAGAAGAAAGAUCCUGUUUAGGGAUGACCCAGCUCUACCUGCUGAAUGGAUGUGCAGGGUAAACUUGGGUGCCUCCAUCGGGAAAAGCUGAGGAUGUGUUCAUGCAGCCGAUGACCCUCGCUGCUUUUUCAGCCAGGGUUUCUCUGCCUUCUGCCCAGCAGAAAAAACAUACUGCUAUGGGGAAAAUCACAGGGAGAGCGCUGUGAGCAGCACGCUCAGGCACCAAGUGUCGACAUGGCUCACUGUGCUGGAUGAGGGCCUCCCCAAGCAUUAGGUCCUCCACGGGGCUGUGUCAAAUGCCCUACCACAUUGUGUCAAGUCUGCCCGUGGCCCACCCUCCCCACAGUCCAAAACCACACAGCCCUGGUUCUCCAGCUGUUCUGCUGCUGUUUCUACGCUCUCCCUGAUUAACAGCAUUCAGUUCCUGGGCUCUCCCUAUGGGCAGGAAAUGGUGAAAGCAUGUGGCUAUGGUAUAGCCCACAGGGCUGAGAUUGUUGUGUUGCAGUAUUGAUGUAAAAUUUGUUAAGAAGGAAGUACCCAUAAAUCACUCCCAUCAAUUCCCCAGAAGUUGCACUCAAGCUGGUGGGCAGCCCUUGUGCUUGUCACAGUUACCGUAACAGGCAGUGUGUAUUUGCACCUGGCACUGUGCAGCCUGCACGUCAACACGUUGUUUUGCAUAACUGGAACAGAACAUGGAACCAGUAUCUCUUUCUCUUUUUUUCCUUCUUUUUCUUUUUUUAUUUUAUUUUUUUGAGAUGGGGUUUCCCUCUUGUCACCCAGGCUGGAGUGCAAUGGCGUGAUCUCCGCUCACUGCAACCUCCGCCUCCCAGGUUCAAGUGAUUCUCCUGCCUCAGCCUCCCAAGUAGCUGGGAUUACUGGUGCCCACCACCAUGCCUGGCUAAUUUUUUUAUUUUUAGUAGAGACGGAAUUUUACCAUGUUGGCCAGGCUGGUCUCAAAUUCCCGCCCUCAGGUGGUCCACCCACCUCACCUCCCAAAGU